AAGUGUGUUUCCGGUAUAACGUGUGUGUUGAUCGGUGCUCAGCCCUUUUUUUCCUCUUGGCUUCCAGUAGAGCAGUCACUCACUCAAGAGUCCCGGCUCCCUCACCUGGUCACCCCCCUCGUACGGCGUUAUAUCUCAACCCGGUGGACAUGGCAUCCGUUUCGGCACCAGCUCAGACAGCAGCCGCUGCGUCUGCAGCUCUGCAAAGAGGAAUUGUGAAGAUGGUCUUGUCGGGCUGUGCUAUCAUUGUGCGGGGCCAACCUCGAGGUGGCCCACCCCCGGAGCGCCAGAUCAAUCUCAGUAAUAUCCGAGCAGGGGCAAUGGCCCGCCGAGCUGCUCAGGGCCAGCCCGACACCAAGGACACCCCCGAUGAGCCAUGGGCCUUUCAAGCCAGAGAGUUCCUGCGGAAGAAACUAAUCGGCAAAGAAGUGUGCUUCACUGUGGAAAUCAAGACUGCUUUGGGCAGGGAGUACGGCAUGGUCUACCUGGGGAAAGACACAACCGGCGAGAACAUUGCUGAGACUUUGGUGAACGAGGGCUUUGCCACAGUCCGCAGGGAAGGAAUCAGAGGGAACAAUCCAGAUCAGGCCAGACUCUGUGAAUUGGAGGACCAGUCAAAGUCUUCUAAGAAGGGCUUAUGGAGUGAGGGCGGCGGCACACACACAGUCCGCGACGUCAAAUACACCAUCGAGAAUCCCCGCAACUUCGUUGACUCCCUGCACCAGAAACCCAUCAACGCCAUCAUCGAGCAUGUGCGUGACGGCAGUGUUGUUCGUGCCUUGCUGCUCCCUGACCACUACCUGGUCACUGUCAUGCUGUCUGGAGUCAAGUGUCCCACGUUCAAGCGAGAAGCGGAUGGCACAGAGACGCCGGAGUCAUUCGCAGCAGAGGCCAAAUUCUUUACCGAAUCCCGACUUCUGCAGAGAGACGUUCAGAUCAUCCUGGAGAGCUGCCCCAACCAGAUCAUACUGGGCACAAUCCUUCACCCGAACGGUAACAUCACAGAGCUCCUGCUGAAGGAAGGCUUCGCCCGCUGUGUGGACUGGUCCAUGGCUGUUUACACCCAGGGAGCAGAGAAACUCCGCGCUGCUGAACGAUCUGCUAAAGAGCGCAAGGUCCGCAUCUGGAAGGACUACGUGGCGCCCACAGCCAACAUGGACCAGAAGGACAGACAGUUUGUAGCCAAGGUGAUGCAGGUGGUAAACGCUGAUGCCAUGGUGGUCAAGCUCAACUCUGGAGAAUAUAAGACCAUCCACCUGUCCAGCAUUCGGCCCCCCAGGAUUGAGGGAGAGGAGAAGAACAAGGACAAAGACAAACGUUUCCGUCCGCUCUAUGACAUCCCCUACAUGUUCGAGGCCCGGGAGUUCCUGAGGAAGAAGCUCAUCGGUAAAAAGGUCAACGUGACAGUGGACUACAUCAGAGCAGCUACUGGCCCAGGAGAAAGCACCCCAGCCUUCUCAGAACGCACCUGUGCUACAGUCACAAUUGGCGGCAUCAACAUAGCGGAGGCUCUGGUCAGUAAAGGCCUCGCCACGGUCAUCAGAUACAGACAGGAUGACGACCAGCGCUCCUCCCACUAUGACGAGCUGCUUGCCGCAGAGGCCAGGGCCAUCAAGAACGGAAAAGGCCUGCACAGCAAGAAGGAGGUCCCCAUCCACAGAGUGGCUGAUAUCUCUGGGGAGACACAGAAAGCCAAGCAGUUCCUGCCCUUCCUACAGAGGGCUGGCCGGUCAGAAGCGGUGGUAGAAUACGUCUUUAGCGGCUCCCGCCUCAAGCUGUACAUGCCCAAAGAAACCUGCCUCAUCACAUUCCUCCUUGCCGGUAUCGAAUGUCCACGCAGUUCCAGAAAUUUGCCGGGGGGCAUGCAGGUGGCCGAGCCCUUCAGCGAAGAGGCCAUGCUGUUCACCAAAGAGCUGGUGAUGCAGAGGGAGGUGGAAGUUGAAGUUGAAAGCAUGGACAAAGCAGGGAACUUCAUUGGCUGGCUGCACAUUGAGGGUGUGAAUCUGUCCGUGGCGCUGGUAGAAAGCGCUCUGUCCAAGGUCCACUUCACAGCAGAGCGCAGCGCCUACUACAAAACCCUGGUCUCAGCAGAGGAGGGAUGUCGACAGAGGAAAGAAAAGGUCUGGGCAAACUAUGAGGAGAAACCAGUCGAGGAGGUUGUGCAUCUAUCGGAGGAGAAGGAGCGAGUGGCCAACUACAGAGCGGUAUACGUCACCGAGAUCACCGACCAACUGCACUUCUACAGCCAGGAUGUAGAGACAGGAGGCCAGUUGGAAAGUCUGAUGGAGACUAUGAGAGCAGAGAUCGCCGCCCAGCCUCCAGUGGAAGGAUCGUACGCCGCACGCCGAGGGGAUUACUGCAUAGCCAAGUUCGCUGAUGGUGAAUGGUACAGAGCCAGAGUGGAGAAAGUUGAGUCACCGGCAAAGGUGCACGUCUUCUACAUCGACUACGGCAACAGAGAAGUUGUGUCGUCCACUCGUCUGGCUGCCAUACCCCCUGCCUUCAGCACCCGGACCCUGCCGGCACAGGCCACCGAGUACGCCUUCGCCUACAUCCAGGUCCCACAGGACGAUGACGCCCGCGCAGACGUGGUGGACUGCGUGGUGCGGGACAUCCAGAACAGCCAGUGCCUGUUGAACGUGGAGUACUCGGGCGCCACCUGCCCACUCGUCACGAUACAGUUCGGGGACACCAAGGACGACGUCGGCCUCGGCCUGGUCAAAGAGGGCCUGGUCAUGGUGGACAUCCGCAAGGAGAAGUACCUGCAGAAGAUGGUGACAGAAUACCUGAACAGCCAAGAAUCUGCCAAGAGCGCCAGGCUCAACAUUUGGCGCUACGGAGACUUCCGCGCGGACGACGCUGAUGAGUUUGGUUACCGCCGUUAAAAUAGAAACAAAAAUCGACCAUCCAAUCAACACCAUUCCAAAGACCAACGUGGACGGCGAGCGACGCAUCGGACAGAAGAAACAAGCAAAGAAAUUAGGACAAACUAAACGACAAGACUCACUCUUACUUUUUUUUGUUUAGACAUUUCAUCCCUCCAGGUCCGGACUUCUCAGCUCUACAUACCCAUUUCAUUUCUUUCAGUUAAGCCCCUGUAGCUCCAAAUAGAUCAUGCUAGCGAUGCUUGAAUAAAAUUUAGAAAAUGAAUCAUGCGAGAAUCACUUAACACUCAUCAUUUCUCUUCCUGAUGGGCCACUGCCAGCUCAAGCAGCCUGCACUAUUGCCAAUCUGUGUUAUUUGCCACGUUUCCCUUUCAGCAGACUCCCUGUGUGAGUCAUGACUUCAAUAAUCAUGUGUGUGUGUUUCCUUGCUCUCUUAUACUCACACCCGAGCCCUGCGCCCCUCUCUAUAUGGGACAGGAUGGGGGUAAAACGCUAUUAUUAUUUGCAGACAAAUGCUUCCACCCUUAUGAAUUUCAUGUAAAUGUGAGGAUAUCUUGAAAUGUGUAAAUGGAUUUAUUUUAGAGAAAUACUGUAGGUGGAGCCACACAGAUGAAAAGGAACACCACCACCACGAUGAUGAGUUUACUUUUGUCUUUGACGUAUAUCUGUGUGACGAUGAAAUUUGCGUAUGUUUUCGUGGAGAGUGUUUUGUCGUUUAUUCUUUAUGACCAGUAAAUAUGGACGCCACAUCUUCGUGGCAUUUUUAUCAUCUUUCUCCUUCUGUAAAGUUUACAUUCUGACAUUGGUUAUGAUCACGUCUCUGUAUGCCAUGGCAGAAACAGUGUUUGAAUCUAUUUCCACUUAAUGGACCUUUGCAUUCUAUUAAAAAUCUGCUGAAUAAAAAUAAGCAAACUUCAAA